AUGUCCGACAGUGAAUCGAGCUCGGCAACCUCUACCAGUCCACUGUGUAAAUGUGGAUUGAAAGCAUGUUCGUGGACAUCCUUUACCAUGGAAAAUUUUGGUAGAAGGUUUUAUUCUUGUGUAAAUUACAAGCAAGAACCUGUGAAAUGUGAUUAUUUUUCAUGGCGUGACCCUGAAAUGUGUGUGUACGGUCUAAGAGUUGUGUCGAGGUUGAGGAAGUGGCACGAGAGUUUGAAGCUUGAACGGGAAUUGAGUGGAACCCAGGUCUCGGAUGAAGCAGAUAAAUAUAAGUCUGAAGCUGAGAGGAGUAAGAAUGAAGCUGAUAAAUGCAGGGAAGAAGCUGAGAAAUACAAGUCUAAACUAGAGAGACAGAAGAUGAAGCUUCGAUCAGUAGAGAGGAAGUACAAAUUUGCCUUAGUUUGUUCAUGGGUGAUAUUCGUGUUGUUGCUUGUAUAUCCUCAAUCUCACAGCUAG